AUGUCGAAUCAGGACCAACACCGCGAUGUCUCCCAGUACAAGUACUCGGCCAUGUCCAACCUGGUUCUCCAGGCGGACCGUCGGUUUGUAUCGAGACGAAAUGAUGAGGCCACGGGCGAUCCCGAGUCUCUUGCCGGCAAGUUAAGUAUCCGCGACAUGGGAGCACGCGUCGCUCGCGAAACCGCACCGAAGCAGAAAAAGCCUACUGGUCUUCCCGAUGUUGAACGCGGAAAGCUGCAGGAGGGCGAGGACGUGCUCGCGCGCGAGCAGCGAAAGAAGAAAAGCGAGACGGCGCAACCGAGAGGUGCUGGUGUCCUGGGAACUGGAGACCUGCUUGUCGAGGGCAUCCGAUAUCGCCCGCGCACGCCCGCGACACGAGCGAUAUUCGAGUUGAUACUGAAGAUCGUGUCUGACAACCUCGGCGACGUCCCCCAGACCGCAGUGAUCAGCGCUGCCGACGUGACCCUGGAGUUCCUCAAGGACGACGACCUGAAGGACACGGAGAAAAAGAGGGAGAUUGAUGAUCUCUUGGGGGUUUCAAUGAGCGCAAAGGAGUUCAACGAGCUCGUAAACCUUGGAAAGAAGAUCACAGAUUACGAUGCGCAGGACGAGGAUGAAGAUAUGGACGACAAUGCGGCCGACGCCGACGGAGACGAACUGGAUGAGAGACAGGGUGUCGCAGUCGUCUUCGAAGAUUCUGACGAUGAAGAGGGCGGCAUUGUCAACGAGGUCAGGGAAGAGUCAUCUGAAGACGAAGGCGUGGACGACGAGGACGAGGACCGACCUGCCGUCGACGCCAAUGACGCGGAGGAAAUGGAUGACGACGCCAUGGUUAUCGAUUCGGCCCCCGAAAAGCAACCGCAGGAUGCAAAACAGUCGAAGACAGUCCCUGCCAGAGAUAUAGAUGCAUUCUGGCUGCAACGACAAAUCGGAAAGCUGUAUGCCGAUUCCCACGAGCAGCACGACAAGACCACGGACGCGCUGCGCAUUCUCUCCGGUGAGCCUGAUGAGCAGGGCGGAGACGAGAAAUCACUCCGAGAAGUUGAAAACGAUCUCAUGGAGUUAUUCGACUACGAGCACCACGAAUUGGUGCAACUCCUUAUCGAAAACAGGGAGAAGGUGGUUUGGCUUACUCGCCACUCCAGGGCCGAGACGGACGAGCAACGAGCUGUGAUCGAGCGCGAGAUGGCCUCGGAAGGCCUUCAGUGGAUCCUGAACGAGAAGUUUGGAAAGAAAACGGACGAUCAGAAGGGGCGCAAGAUGGAAAUCAAAAUGGACCUUGACGCAGCGUCAUCUCUCGCAAAUGCACCACCCGCAGAGUCAGAGCGUCCUCAGGGACUAGUGGGCGGCCUGCAACCACGAAAACUUAUCAACCUGGAAAACCUGGUGUUUGACCAGGGAAACCACUUGAUGAGCAACCCCAAGGUCAGGCUGCCUGAGGGCUCAACAAAGCGCACCUUCAAGGGCUACGAGGAAAUCCACGUUCCCGCACCCAAGAAGCGUAGCGACCCUAGUGACACCCUCGUUCCGAUUGUCGAUAUGCCGGAAUGGUCACGCUUGCCGUUCGGCACCACCAAAUCUCUCAACAAGAUCCAGUCCAAGUGCUACCCGACAGCAUUUGGAGACGACGGCAACAUGCUCAUUUGCGCCCCCACGGGUAGUGGCAAGACAAACGUGGCCAUGCUCACCAUUCUGCGAGAACUCGGCAAGAACCGCAACCCCGAGACCGGUGACAUUGAUCUGGAUGCCUUCAAGAUCGUGUACAUCGCGCCUUUGAAAGCGUUGGUGCAGGAGCAGGUUGGCAACUUUGGCAAGCGACUCGAGCCCUACGGUGUGAAGGUCUCCGAGUUGACGGGUGACCGACAGCUCACGAAGCAGCAAAUCGCAGAGACCCAGAUCAUCGUCACCACUCCCGAAAAGUGGGACGUCAUCACGAGAAAGGCUACUGAUCUCACCUACACUAACCUCGUGCGGCUUGUCAUCAUUGACGAGAUCCACUUGCUCCACGACGACCGUGGCCCCGUCCUCGAGAGCAUCGUGAGCAGGACCAUCAGGAAGACCGAGCAGACCGGAGAGCCCGUUCGUUUGGUUGGCCUGUCUGCCACGCUGCCAAACUACAAAGACGUUGCCAGCUUCCUGCGCGUUGACAUCAACACCGGCCUUUUCCACUUUGAUGGCAGUUUCCGUCCAUGCCCCCUGCGCCAGGAAUUCAUUGGCGUUACGGAUCGCAAGGCCAUUAAGCAACUGAAGACCAUGAACGAUGUCACUUAUAACAAAGUCAUCGAGCAUGUUGGGGCCAACAGAAACCAAAUGCUCAUCUUCGUCCACUCGCGAAAAGAGACGGCCAAGACGGCGCGUUACAUCAGAGACAAGGCUCUGGAGAUGGACACAAUCAACCAGAUCCUUCGCCACGACGCCGGAAGUCGCGAGGUCCUCAACGAAGCCGCCAGCCAAGCCACCGACAAGGAUCUCAAGGAUAUUCUGCCUUACGGUUUCGGUAUCCAUCACGCCGGCAUGAACCGUAUCGACCGUACCGACGUCGAGGACUUGUUCGCUCGAGGUGCCAUCCAAGUCCUUGUGUGCACGGCUACCCUUGCUUGGGGUGUCAACUUGCCAGCUCACACCGUUAUCAUCAAGGGCACAUCGGUCUAUUCCCCCGAAAAGGGUAGCUGGGUGGAGCUCAGCCCACAAGACGUGCUGCAGAUGCUCGGCCGUGCUGGUCGUCCGCAAUUCGACACAUACGGCGAGGGCAUUAUCAUCACAACCCAAAACGAGAUUCAGUAUUACCUCUCGCUUCUAAAUCAGCAACUACCGAUUGAGAGUCAGUUUGUCAGUAAGCUUGUGGACAAUCUGAACGCAGAGGUUGUGCUGGGCAACGUCAGGAGUAGAGAUGAGGGCGUGGAAUGGCUUGGCUACACGUACCUGUUCGUGCGUAUGCUGCGGUCUCCGGGUCUCUAUCAAGUUGGGGCAGAGUACGAAGACGAUGAAGCUCUAGAACAAAAGCGGGUCGAUCUCAUUCACUCCGCGGCGUCAGUGCUCAGGAAGUCAAACCUUGUCAAGUACGACGAGAAAACCGGCAAGCUCCAGUCAACGGAGCUUGGCCGCAUCGCGUCACACUACUACAUCACUCACGGCUCUAUGGAAACUUACAACAACCUCAUUCAGCCAUCGAUCACCACCAUUGAGCUUUUCAGGGUCUUCUCUCUUAGCGCAGAGUUUAAAUACAUCCCUGUGCGCCAGGAUGAGAAACUGGAGCUCGCGAAGCUGUUGGGCAGAGUUCCCAUCCCGGUCAAGGAGAGCAUCGAAGAGCCACACGCCAAGAUCAACGUGCUGCUGCAAGCCUACAUCUCCCGACUCAAGUUGGAUGGCCUUGCUCUCAUGGCUGACAUGGUGUACGUCACACAGUCUGCUGGCCGCAUCCUCCGAGCCAUCUUCGAAAUCACCAUGAAGAAAGGCUGGGCAUCUGUGGCCAAGACUGCCCUGGAUCUUUGCAAGAUGGCCGAGAAGCGUAUGUGGCCGACAAUGUCGCCUCUUCGUCAGUUUCCCGGCUGCCCGAGAGAUAUCGUGCAGAAGUCGGAGAGAAUCGAGGUGUCCUGGAGCAACUAUUUCGAUCUCGACCCUCCGCGCAUGGGAGAGCUGCUCGGUAUGCCCAAAGCUGGCAGGACUGUCUGUAGUCUGGUGGCCAAGUUCCCCAGAGUCGAGGUCCAGGCCCAAGUCCAACCGUUGACCAGGUCCAUGCUCCGAGUUGAGCUGAGCAUUUCCCCCAACUUCGAAUGGGACGCUGAGGUCCACGGUCCUGCGGAGAGUUUCUGGAUUUUUGUGGAAGACUGUGACGGAGAGGACAUUCUUUUCAGUGACCAAUUCCUGCUGCGCAAGGAAUAUGCAGAAGCCGAGUCGAAUGAGCACAUUGUCGACUUCACCGUGCCCAUCACGGAACCAAUGCCCCCUAACUACUUCAUCUCCGUCAUCUCGGACCGCUGGAUGCACUCCGAAACGAGACUGCCGGUUUCGUUCCACAAGUUAAUCCUUCCCGAGAGAUUUCCGCCUCACACCGAGCUCCUUGAGCUUCAGCCGCUACCGGUUGCUGCUUUGAAGGCCAAGGAGUACGCGAAGCUGUACCCCGACUGGGAUCACUUCAAUCGCAUCCAGACACAGACUUUUAAUUCCUUGUACAAUACCGACCAGAACGUGUUCGUUGGUGCACCGACCGGUAGUGGCAAGACUGUGUGCGCAGAGUUUGCUCUUCUGCGCCAUUGGGCCAAGCCAGACGCUGGCCGCGCUGUUUACAUCGCCCCUUUCCAGGAGCUGGUUGACGUGCGGUUGGACGACUGGCAGAAGAGACUGGGUGGUCUCCGCGGCGGCAAGACGAUUGAGAAGCUCACAGGAGAGACCACCACCGAUCUGAAGAUACUGGAACGCAGCGACUUGGUCCUUGCUACACCCAUCCAGUGGGAUGUGCUUUCUCGCCAGUGGAAGCGUCGCAAGAACGUCUCGACCGUUGAGCUUUUCAUCGCAGACGAGGUUCAUCUGCUGGGCAACCAAAUGGGCUACGUCUAUGAAAUCAUUGUUUCGCGGAUGCACUACAUCAGGACUCAGACCGAGCUCCCGAUGAGAAUUAUCGCACUUGGCGUCUCCCUCGCGAACGCUCGCGACCUCGGAGAGUGGAUUGACGCGAAGAAGCACGACAUCUACAAUUUCAGCCCCCACGUCCGCCCGGUCCCGCUUGAGCUUCAUAUCCAGUCCUACACCAACCCUCAUUUCCCUUCGCUGAUGCUUUCCAUGGCGAAGCCAACUUACCUAGCCAUUACCCAGAUGUCCGCAGACAAGCCGGCCAUUGUGUUCGUUCCGAGCCGAAAGCAGACACGAGCUACGACACGCGAUUUGCUGACCGCCGCCUUCAUGGACGACGACGAAGACCGUUUUCUGCACGCCGAGGUUGAGCAGAUGCGCCCUCUCCUCGACCGCGUCAGCGAGGAGGCCCUAGCCGAGGCCCUUUCGCACGGCGUUGGAUACUACCACGAGGCCCUCAGCCUGAGCGACAAGCGCAUCGUCAAGCACUUGUACGAGCACGGAGCCAUCCAAGUCCUGGUUGCUUCUCGUGACGUUUGCUGGGAGCUCAACAGCACUGCUCACCUUGUCGUGGUCAUGGGCACGCAGUAUUUCGAGGGCCGGGAGCACCGUUACGUCGACUACUCUUUGAGCGAGAUAUUGCACAUGUUUGGCAAGGCUCUACGCGCCUCUAAAGAUGGUAGAGGCAGAGGUGUUCUCAUGCUCCCGGCAGCUAAGCGAGACUUUUACAAGAAGUUUCUGAACGAGGCCCUCCCUGUCGAGUCUCAUCUGCAUAACUACCUUCACGAUGCAUUCGUGACCGAGAUCAGCACCAAGAUGAUUGAGUCCGGAGACGAUGCCAUCAACUGGACGACCUUCACCUACUUCUACCGACGUCUCCUCGCCAACCCUAGUUUCUACAGCCUUACCAGCACCACGCAGGACGGUCUUAGUGACUAUAUGUCUGAAUUGAUCCAGACGACCCUCCAGGAGUUGAGCGAUUCGAAGAUCAUCGAGCUUGAUGAGGACGAUGGCUCGGUGGCGCCGCAGAACGCGGCGAUGAUCGCCGCCUACUACAAUAUUUCCUACAUCACGAUGCAGACCUUCCUUCUGUCACUUAGUGCUAAGACAAAACUUAAGGGUGUCCUCGAAAUCAUCACGUCAGCUACCGAGUUCGAGGCCAUUCAGAUCAGGAGGCACGAGGAAGGCAUCCUUCGCCGCAUCUACGACCGCAUUCCUGUCAAGAUGGCCGAGCCUGUGUAUGACUCGGCGCAUUUCAAGGCCUUCGUCCUUCUCCAAGCACACUUCUCCAGGAUGCAGCUGCCAAUUGAUUUGGCCAAGGAUCAAGAGGUUAUCAUUUCCAAGGUUCUCAGUCUUCUGAGCGCCACGGUCGAUAUUCUUUCUUCCGACGGUCACCUCAAUGCCAUGAACGCCAUGGAAAUGUCACAGAUGGUUGUGCAGGCAAUGUGGGACCGUGACAGCCCCUUGAAGCAGAUCCCUCACUUCACACCCGAGGUUGUGAAGGUGGCAAACGAGUUUGGGUAUGUGCUAUCCCCGUCCAUAAUCCUACGUGAAGCUAACCUCGAAAUCUCCCGCAGCGUCAAGGACAUUUUUGACUUCAUGGAGGCCAUGAACCCAGACGAGAACCCGGACUACGCCAAGCUGGUUAAGCGUCUCGGCCUCUCGCAAAAGCAGCUGGGCGAGGCCGCCGCUUUUACCAAUGACAAGUACCCCGACAUCGAGCUCGAGCACAGUAUAUUGGACGAAGACGACAUUCGAGCCAACGAACCGGCGUACCUCAGCGUGCAGAUUCAACGACAGGUGGAUGAAGACGACGACUUUGACCCGAGUGUGCACGCGCCGUUCUAUCCUGCCAAGAAGUUGGAGAACUGGUGGCUCGUGGUCGGCGAAGAGGCGACAAAGAACUUGCUGGCCAUCAAACGCGUCACGAUCGGGCGUGAGCUCAAGGUCAGGUUGGAGUUUACGGUGCCGACGGCUGGUAAGCACAACCUCAAGCUGUUCCUAAUGAGCGACAGCUACGUCGGAGUGGACCAAGAACGCGAGUUUUCCAUCACGGCCGCGGAGGGCAUGGACGUGGACGACAGCGACGAAGAUGAAGAAGAAGACGAGGAAUAG